AUGGUCGAUAAAGAUGAUAGGUUGUUAUUUGUUAACACAUAUGGUUCAACGUCUGAAAAUUACGAACCACGCUAUGAGUCAAGAGGAACAGUAUUAAGUGAAGCGAAAAACAUUGCUUCAGCUACAUUUCCAUUACUUGUCACUUUCUUGUUGCAAUAUCUCCUCUCAGUGACCACAAUUUAUGCCACGGGAAGAUUAGGAUCUAAAGAAUUGGCUGCUGCAACUUUAGGGACAUCUUCAUUUACUAUAAGCGGGCUAGGGGUGUACCAAGGUAUGUCUACCUGUUUGGAUUCAUUUUGUUCUCAAGCUUAUGGGGCAGGAAAGCGGCAUCAUGUGGGUCUCUUCUUUCAAAGAUGUUCCUUAAUGGGUAUUUGUCUUACUAUUUUUCCAUUAAGUGUUCUUUGGUGGAACUCUGGAUAUAUCUUCCAAUGGUUUGUUGAAGACCAAGAUAUUAUUGAAAUGGCUCAAUUACAUUUGAGGAUAGUCACAUUUGGCGCACCUGGGCUACUUUUGUUUGAGACUGGAAAAAGGUAUCUUCAAGCCCAAAAUAUUUAUUCUGCUGGGACUUAUAUCCUAAUUUUCGUUGCAAUCUUCAACUGCUUUCUCAAUUGGAUAUUAGUAUGGAAUAGCACUACUGGAUUGGGGUUUUUAGGGGCACCCAUAGCGAUUACUAUUUCCUAUUGGAUGAUGCCAGUCCUAAUGCUAUUUUAUGUCUUGUUUGUAGAUGGUGCAGAAUGCUGGGGUGGACUUAAUUUCGUUGAGGUUACUAAGGAAUGGAUGCCAUUGAUUAAUUUAGCUAUUCCAGGCGUUUUAAUGACUGAAGCUGAAUAUGUCGCUUGUCAAAUAAUCAAUUUCUUAGCAGCUUCCAUGGGAACGGACGAGCUAGCAGCGCAGUCUAUAACAUCUAAUGUAGGCUUUUCGUCUUUUCAGCUAUCAUUCGCAUUAUCCGUAGCUGUGGGGACGCGCUUAGGCCAAUACGUUGGCAAAAAAAAUCUUGAGUAUUGCUCCUUAGUAGUAAGAACAGCUUCAAUGAUGGGUGUUUUCCUUUCAGCUUUUAACUUUUCAUUCAUUUUUUUCUUCCGUCGUUCUCUUGGUCGGCUUUUCACCAGCUCAGAGGAGGUCUUAAAAAUUAGCGAUAGAACUUUAAUUUUGUCUGCGAUUAAUCAAAUUAGUGAUGUGCUCAAUGUUGUUGCCGCGGGGAUACUUAGAGGACAAGGUAGACAGAAAAUAGGGUCUAUUUUGACAAUGAUGGCAUACUAUUGCAUCUCAGUUCCUAUUGGCUAUUAUUUUGGUAUUAUUAAGGACCUUCAAUUAAGUGGAUUAUGGCUAGGUUACAUACUGGGUGUGUUUGUGUUAGCAAUUGCCGAAUUCUGGGUUAUUUAUACAUCUAAUUGGCAAAAAAUCUUCAUUGAUUCAUCUAAACUUCAACAAGAAUAG